AUGUAUGCAUCGCUCGCUCUGCUCCUGGCCGCCUCCGCUUGCGCACAGAACAGCGAGAGUGAUGCAAGUAAUGAUAGCAAUGACCCCGCUGUGGUGUAUUCCCCGGCCCGCCCACCUGCCGUCCCUCUUGCUGUCCGCUCUCCUUACACGAGCGUCUGGUCCAGCACAGUGAACAAUGGCACCCUGAACACCAAUGGCGUCGAGUUUUGGACCGGCCAGAAGGUUGGCUGGGAGGGCAUCAUUGUAGUCGACGGCAUUUCGUACGAGUGGAUGGGCACCAGCAUUGCCGGCUCCGAGCUGCCUCAACUGGCCAAUUUCCAAUCCGCCACUCCGCUGUCCGUCAGCUACGACUCACAGUACUCCAACUUCACCUUCACCGCAGGCCCAGUCCUGCUUACUGCCACAUUCUUCUCGCCUGUCAUUCCCCUGGAUCUUUGCAGGACCAGUAUGCCUCUGAGUUAUCUUGAGGUUUCCUACGAAUCCCAGGACAAUGCAACCCACGACGUCAAGCUUUAUACCGACGUCGACAACUCCUGGAACAACUACCAAGCCUCCGCCGGCGUUACCGCUGGCUUGAAUGUCGAUUCUGCCACGUUCGAUCCUAACACCACCGUGACAACCUCGACUCUUUUCACAUGGUGGUACCAUCUUUCCCAGGAGUACUACUUUUCUGAGCUCAACGACUUCCCUCAGUGGGGCAACAUGACCCUGUCUACCCAGCCCGCCCAAGCCAAAAACUUCACCUUCCAGUCUGGCAAGGCCACCAACGUUCGCUACAACUUCAUUCAAAAUGGUUACCUCUCAAACUACAUUGAUGUCGACGACGGCAACAUUUAUGCUUUCUCACAUGACAUGAAGAAGACGAAGAAAGGCAGCGUCCUGUAUACCGUCGGUGUCAUACAGGAGCCCGUUAUCAACCUGCUCACCAGUGAGGGCCUCCAGUCACUUAACCCCUGGUGGAGUAGCGAACAAUGCUACGGCCCCGGAUUCGCCCACAUGGUUGCCGCUCAUUACGGCGACUUUGCGGAUGCCCAGAAACUGGCAGGCGCGUGGGAUCAGCAGCUCCGAACCGAUAUCCAUGAGUACUACGCAGCAGAGCUCGGGAACGCCUCAAGCACUUCCACGCCGUCCUCGAAUAAUGCUUCAACUUCUUCAGACAUAUUGUUUCCAGCCGACUAUGAAAUGGGUACUGAUCAAUUCGGGGAACAUUGGAUCUUCAAUUCCAGUAAUGGUUAUGGCUAUUUGGAUGCCGAUAACAAGAGUGGCGUUGCCAUCCCUGAUGUUCCCGAGGAUCACUCGUACUAUUCGAUCGUGGCGCUCUCUACACGACAGGCCAUGGGAGCAAACGUACUGACCAUCCCUCCGGAUUUCGGAUGUGGGAAUGCGUCAUCUAUCUACAAUUCUUCAGAGCCGUUCAUGUUCCAAAAGGAAAUCUCAUCAGAUGGAAAUAUGAAUACGGUUGACGUUCUGUACCCCGCUAUGCCAUUUUACCUCUACGCCAACCCGAGUUUACUGAGAUAUGCUAUGAACCCACUCUACUUGAACCAAGAGUCUGGCUUCUACCCUCGUUCGUAUUCGAUGCACGAUUUAGGAGCGCACUUCCCCAACGCCACUGGCCAUGUAGACGCCGACGACGAGCAGAUGCCAGUAGAAGAGUCCGGUAACAUGCUGCUAAUGACCUACUCAUAUUACAAAUUCACGGGAGACAGCGAUUACCUACGCGAUCACUACACGAAGCUUUUCCAAUGGUCACAGUUCCUGAUCGAGUACACAUUAAUCCCCUCAGACCAGCUGAGCACAGACGACUUCGUCGGCUCCCUCGAGAACCAGACCAACCUCGCCAUCAAAGGCAUCGUCGGCCUCCAAGCCAUGGCCGGCAUCGCCGCCGUCGUCGGCAACGACGCCGACCACGCCAACUUCACCGCCACCUCCUCCUCCUACUACGCCGCCUGGGAGCAGUUCGCCAUCGACCCGACGGGCACGCACACGGUGCUCGCGUACCAGUGGCGCAGCUCCUGGGGCCUCCUCUACAACGCGUAUCCAGACAAGCUGCUCAACCUCGGCGUCGUCCGCCGCGCCGUGUACGACAUGCAGUCGUCCUUCUACGCCACCGUCUCGCAGCUCUUCGGCGUGCCCCUCGACUCGCGCGUCUCCCUCACCAAAUCCGACUGGCAGCUCUGGGCCGCCGCCACCUGCGCCCCCCGCACCCGCCGCCUCGUCGUCAACGCCAUCGCCUACUGGCUCAACCACACCUCCACCGACAAGCCACUCACCGACCUCUACGAAACCAUCGCCGACGGCGGCUACCCCUCCGACGCCACCUUCAUCGCCAGGCCCGUCGUCGGCGGCCACUUCUCGCUGCUGGCCCUGAAGCGCGCGGGGAAGGACAGCUUGACGGGCACGGGCGACGGCGGGGCGUUCCCUGUGAAUGGGACGGAGCCGCUGAGUGCGAAUGAGACGGCGGGGUUGUUGCCGGCGUUGGCGGAGCCGAGCCCGUCGAGUGCGCCGACGGUCGUGGUGGAGAUGGGGACGUUUGAGACGAGCGGGAGUGUGGUCGUGUCGAGUACGGUUGCUGCUUGA